AUGUUUGUACCAAAAUCAACACUCACAUCAACAGCUUCACAGCGCAAUCCUCGAAGGCGUCAACGUGCAGGCUCCGAUGAGGUAGUGAAACCCCCAAAUGCGAAGAGACAGCGCUCUAUUUUGCGGAGUGAAAACGCAGAAAUAUCUUCGGAAAGCCAGGUGGACCAUCAUGUUCACCGUGAGGCCCCGGUACCUCCAAUGCCUCUUAUAUCCAGUGAGCAUAGUCUUGUGGAGACGGAUGCUUUAGUCGAGAAAGACAUCCCGAUAAGGACCAUUCAAAAACCUGAAAAGCAAGGAGGCGAACCUGAUGGAACAAUUGUUCUUUCAAAGACAGACUUCUACACGGUGUCGCAGCUUCCCACCUUACCGGACCAGAUUCGUGGUUUAAAGUCGGGCCAUUUGAGAUGUUUCUUCGGGGCUAGUCUUGGUUAUGCCUUGGCUCUAACGCAGUCUACUGCAUUUGUCUGGCCGUAUUCAAUUGCGGUUUCGUCGCCUUCCCCUGCUGAUGUUUUCUCACUUUCCAUACCUGAAGCAAGCAAGGAAUCCAAUAGACUAGCUCCUCUAGGGGUGCUUUUGUCCACUGCAACAACUGGGAUUCCUGGGUUGCUGAUUAUCAUGCCCAAUUCUGGAAAAAUCAUUUACUGGGAAACCAUUGCAAGCGCUGCAUCCGUAGGAUUACCAAGACAGAAGCAAACUGGGAUCCAGACAGAUAUAUCCAAUUUGCUAUAUGGUGAAUAUGCCACAGAUAUUAUCAACUGCGAACCGUCCGGAGUUAUGGUCACCUUUUCAACUGGGCGAGUUGCACAUAUAACUGUCAGGGAUCCCCAUGGAAGGCCUGCGGUAGCCGUUAACUUUCUGCGAAGCUCAUCAAAAAGCAGUCAGAUUAGUUUUUUAGGUGGUAUAAAGAAUGCCCUAGGUGGUGGUUUCUGGAGAAAGGACCUUGCUGCCGUUCGAGCAGGUGAAUCGCAUCAACGAGGACAACGAGAUGUCAUAAUUGCUACUUCAUCCGGUGUUGUCGAGAUUUGGGAUACACAUUGGAAUAACGGCAGUGUUCUGAAGAAACAAUUCGACAUCAAGGAUGCUCUAUACCCCUUUCUCGGGUUGGAGCAUAUUGAUGGCUGUGGGUUUAAGAUCUUGGACUUGGCACUCAAAACUGGCAGAGCCGAUACAGCAGAGCCACAUCUGGUAACACUUGUCAUAGCCCUACCUAGUGACACAACGACAAACAAGAUUGCGCUUGUGCAGCUUGCUUUAUCAAACGUUGUCCAUGUUAUAUCAUCCACCCCUAUUGACCUGUACAAUGUCUUUACAGGUCACCAGGAUUUUAAAUUGCAAUUGCUGGUUCCGGAGCCAGGUGAUACAGCAUUUAUCAUAGUAGGGCAGUCGAUUAUACUUUCAUCAUUAGCGCCAACGGAGGCUUCAUCGCUCAAUUUUCAUUCUUCGUCGAUUGACUCCAAUCGGCAGUCGCAAAACUUCUACGAUGUUAUUAACCUACGGUCAGGUGAAGGCUACGAAAUCUUAGGUGCUGGUUUGGAAAGCCAAAACGUGGAGAACUCGUCACCUGCAUGCUUGGCUAUGGUGCGAGAUUUUGGUAUUAUUCGCAUCACGGCCUUGCCUCGUCAAAAAAUUGGGCACAGUGUUGAAAGCAUCCAAAUCACGGCCAAGCAAAAAAUUGAGCAAGCUGUGUUUUAUGGGGCAAUUCUAGGGAAUCCUUUGAACUUGAAUAAUAGAAACUGCUUGGAUUUCUCGGUGGACGAAAUCGAACAGGCUGCAUUGGAAAUCUGCGGGGAGUUACUCCGUUCCGCCUCAAGAUACGUUCCCACGACAGCAAUUUCUGUGGAUCAGAACCUACGAUCACGAGCUAAGGCCCUUGAUGAUCUAGCAUGUCUGUUGAUGGAACAACAGAAGAAACUUAACCACCGAAUUUGGUGGGAGCUAUUGUGGAGCGCAGAAAAACUCGCAGCCCAGAGAGCCUUAUGGAAAAUAGAGGAUUGUUCUAGAAGAGGGAAAGUGACAGGAUCAACAUUUCUGGGUCAGGUCAUUGAGAUGAUGAGUGAGAAAUUCAAAACAAACGUCGGCCAACAAGACGAUGGGAAUGACCCAGUGCGAAACUGGCUCCUAUAUGACACAUAUCGAAUGGAACACAUCGUUCCAUGGAUAUUUAAUGCCAUAAAACCCCAGAAAGGACACUCCUCAAGGCAAGGAAGAAAGAUAUCAGAACAGGUACUAGAAGCCAGUGAGCUUUCUCUGGCGGUAUUGGAAACGGCCUUCCGAUACCGUGAUGAACAUGCUAGUCAGUAUGGUAUUGGUGAUGGGUAUCUAGAGGACGGAGUACUGAUUGCGGGGUACAAGGACCUCCCAGAAUUUUGGACAUCCAAGGGCAUCAGCUACCUGGAAACGGGUCACUUAUUGGACUUGGAACUCGACAGCUGCAGAUUGUGGGUUCAAAAAACCCUCCCAACCAGCGAACUACCCGAAAAUGAGGUUUUGAGGAAACUUGCAAGGAAUAGUGCAAGAAAACUACAGGUUCUGAGCAAAAUGCACAGCGAACGAAUUCGAUGGCUUAGUGCCCAAGAAGACCCAAAACUGACUGAUGAAAGCAUUGCCAUUGAACAAGCACAUGUGAGACAACGCAGAUGGCAAUUAUUUAAAUUAGCUGGGAUUGGGCAACUAGAAGACGCCAUCACCAUGGCCGAGAAAUUUCGGGAUAUGGGGGCUUUGGUAGAGCUUAUAAUUGAAUUGCAGGAUCAAACCAAUGGCGAAAAUCCCAACCAAAGUCUACUAGGAAGGGGCCCCAGUGUCGUGGACAUUGAGUCGGAACAACUCGGCAAGAAAAUCUCUUUUUACUUCGAGAAAUUCGGAGAGCCAUGGGCAGAUGCUUUUUUUUCGCGCCAAAUAUCAAUGGGUCAGUCCGGAAUAUUGUUCGCGAUGGGAAAAUUCCAACCCUAUAUCACUCAAUUUUUACACAAGUAUCCUGCCUAUUCUCGGCUGGGCUGGAUUAACGAUGUGGUUGGCGAGAACGAUUAUGACGCAGCUGCUCGCUCUUUGGAGAACCUAGCUAUCGAGCAUGAAUCAGAUAUAUGGAGUCAUCGUGUUGAAUUGUCUUUGGCGAAACUUGCGAAGUUGGCAACAUGGGAAGAAAGAACUCCCCCGAACAAUUCAUCUCUUCAUAAUGACAUUCGCCGCCUCGAAGAUCUUGUGGAAAUUGAUACUGUUCAAGAGGUCAUUCAUUCUUACAUCACACCAACUCUACAAGGCGCGAUUGAUCAGAAGGCCACCAUUGAUUUGGCAAUUGAACAUUUUGGACAGUCGCUUGCUGAGGAUAUGCCAUCACUCCACGAGAUACUAAGUGAAGCCUUGACUCGGGUCAUAACUAGACAGGUCGUUGGUGUCGAGCAACUAGUCGACAUAUUGACUUUGAUGGAUCCUAGUCACGAUCCAGAAUUCGAGAAUGAAUUUGUUGGGAAGGAAUUCUACCUGGCUUUGCGUGUUAUUCGACUUAGUCCCUAUGCUCAACGAGAUUCGUUAUAUCGCAUGGCUCUACAGAAGCUAGUAUGGAGAAGAUGUAUGAUAAAUGAUAAUUGGAUAUCUAGGGGAAAGGCCGUCCAAGAAACGGACGGUCAAUUUGAAUCGUUCCUCUAUGAUACCGCUCUUUCCCGCACUCUUACCUUAUGUCUACAACAUAGACAAACAGAGGACUCCAAUUAUCCCACCCUUUAUGUUCCAAAUUACCCUGGCGAUGUGGAACUCACAGAGUCGGAUUCCAAACUCCUUGUUUCUCGUUUCCCUCCAGAACAACGCAAUAGAAUUAGCCAUGAUCUUGACAGAGAGAAUCAAAUUUUGUCACAGCAUGUUGAAAAUGGGAAACUUGAAUUUUGGUUCAACAGUUUCCUUACAUCUGCUCAUAGUCUUCAAUCUACAGCAAAAGAUGCAGAUGCUAUCGAGCACACCACUAUUGGUGAGCAGCUUGGGGGACAAACACUUCAAUCAUCAAAGACAGUGGACUCGAAAUUACGCUUAAGCUGGCUCUAA